ACAUGGGUGCAUCCAAGUUGUAAUUCUUUUCUCAUCUCUGCCUGCACAGAUCCUAUCUCUGCCUAUAAUUUAUAUCUGAAAAGCCAGGAAUACUGUCGUUGGAGCAAAGCUUCUUAAGGAGAAUCCCUAUGGGAGAAAAUGAGCCACGGUGGCGGAGUGGUUAGAAUGCAGUACUGCAGGCUACUUGUGCUGAUCACCAGCUUACGGCGGUUUGGCAGAUCGAAUCUCACCAGGCUCAAGGUUGACUCAGCCUUCCAUCCUUCCGAGGUCGGUAAAAUGAGGACCCAGAUUGUUGGAGGCAAUAUGCUGACUGUGCAGACCGUUUAAACAGGGCUGUAACGCACUAUGAAGCGGUAUAUAAGUCUAAGUGCUAUUGCUAUAGCUAAGCCAGCCACUGAAAUAAACGUGCAACAUUCUCAGCUGCUGACAGCCGUGCUUAUUUUUCUGUUUUCUCCAGCUCUGGCUGCCCUCUUCGCUGCUUUGUAUCCAGACCGGGUUGUAAACUCUUAGGGCGGGGACCUGCGUCUUGGUAAUCUCUCGUGGGCUGUCCUCGCACAAAUGGUGCUAGGCACGUAAAAACAAUGCAACCUCCGUACCCCUAGUCCAAAAUACAAAAUACGAAUUGUCAGCCGGGCCAAACAAGCACGUGAGUUUUGCACGUGGCUUCAGACUCUUCCCUCCGCCAGUCCUCGAGCCACGGGUCCAAAAUAAGAGGCGAGGCGUCGCGGGCGCCGAUUCCCAUCUCAGGGUGUGCCCAAACUCCGCCGCACCGGUGGGCAGGCGCAAACUGGUGCCGCGCCCCGCGAUGCGCGCGUCCUCGUCCGCAGGUGCUCCGCAGCGCGAUCAGGUCGUGCGGAUGGUGCGCGCCAGGCUGGUUAGAAGAGAGUGCGGUGUUUCUCGAGCCCCGGCCGGACACGUGUGCGUGGGGAAGCAAGCUCCGGCACGCCGUCGUAGGCGCGCUCUCUUUCUCUCCCUGCGGAUCCGCCUUUGCGCCGGACGCGUCUCUGGUACUCCCUGCACCCUCCCGCAGGCGAUGCUGAGCUGAGAGACAGAGACGCCUUUCUUGGCCAGGCAGCAGCAGCAGCGGCGGCGGCGGCGGCGGCGGCGGCGCUUUCCUUCUUCAUCUUAGCAACAGCGGCAGCCACCACCGCCGCCGCCUCGAUCCCGGCGGAUCCGAGAGGCAGCAGGUAGCCGCCGGGCGGAGUAACCAUGGCCAAGAACCGCAAGGAGAGGAACAGCUGGGGUGGAUUUUCAGAAAAAAGCUACGAAUGGAGCUCAGAAGAGGAAGACUCUGGUGGGAAGGCCCACCCGGUACAAGUGCUCAUUGUGAAGGAUGAUCACUCCUUUGAGCUGGAUGAAGCUGCUCUCAACCGCAUCUUGCUCUCCAAAGCUGUCUGUGAUCGGGAGGUGGUGGCUGUGUCCGUGGCUGGGGCUUUUCGGAAGGGAAAAUCAUUCUUGAUGGACUUCAUGCUGAGAUACAUGCAUAACAUGGAGCUAGUUGAUUGGAUUGGGGAUUUUAAUGAACCACUCACGGGAUUUUCUUGGAGAGGUGGAUCUGAACGGGAGACAACUGGCAUCCAGAUUUGGAGUGAAGUCUUCCUUGUGGACAAACCAGAUGGGAACAAGGUUGCUGUACUGCUAAUGGAUACUCAGGGCACCUUCGACAGCCAGUCAACACUGCGGGAUUCAGCCACCGUCUUUGCUCUGAGCACCAUGAUCAGCUCCAUCCAGGUGUACAAUUUGUCACAGAACGUACAAGAAGAUGAUCUUCAGCACUUGCAGCUCUUCACAGAAUAUGGGAGGCUAGCCAUGGAAGAAACAUUCCUGAAGCCAUUUCAGUCUCUUAUUUUCCUUGUUCGUGACUGGAGCUUUCCCUAUGAAUUUGCUUACGGGGCUGAAGGUGGAGCCAAAUUUUUGGAAAAACGUCUCAAGGUUUCUGGAAACCAGCAUGAAGAGCUGCAGAACGUACGGAAGCAUAUACACUCCUGUUUCACCAACAUCUCCUGUUUCCUUUUACCUCAUCCGGGUUUGAAAGUAGCUACAAAUCCCAAUUUUGAUGGGAAACUCAGAGAAAUAGAUGAUGAUUUCAUCAAAAACUUGAAAAUCCUGAUUCCAUGGCUACUGAGCCCCAAAAGCCUGGAUGUCAAGGAGAUCAACGGGAAUAAGAUCACCUGCCGAGGCCUUGUGGAAUAUUUCAAGGCCUAUAUUAAGAUCUACCAAGGAGAAGAGCUCCCUCAUCCAAAAUCAAUGUUGCAGGCCACUGCAGAAGCAAACAAUCUGGCAGCUGUUGCCACUGCAAAAGAUACUUACAACAAACGAAUGGAAGAGGUGUGUGGAGGGGACAAACCUUUUCUUGCACCCAGUGACCUUCAGAAUAAACACCUGGAGAUCAAGGAAGAGGCAGUGCGGCAAUUCCGUGGUGUGAAAAAGAUGGGGGGUGAAGAAUUCAGCCGUCGCUACCUCCAGCAGUUGGAGGCAGAAGUUGACGAGCUCUAUGUCCAGUAUAUCAAGCACAACGACAGCAAGAACAUCUUCCACGCUGCUCGCACCCCAGCCACCUUGUUUGUUGUCAUCUUCAUCACUUAUGUCAUUGCUGGUGUCACAGGCUUCAUUGGAUUGGACAUCAUAGCCAGUCUCUGCAAUAUGAUCAUGGGGCUAACUCUGAUCACCCUUUGCACAUGGGCAUACAUCAGAUACUCCGGGGAGUACAGGGAGCUGGGGGCCGUCAUAGACCAAGUGGCAGCAGCACUCUGGGACCAGGGCAACACAAAUGAGGCUUUGUACAAACUUUACAGUGCAGCUGCCACACACAGACAUUUAUACCAUCAUGCGUUCCCUUCAGCCCAGAAGGUGGAGCCCAAGGAAGGGACAGAGAAAAAGAGUAUGUAAUCCAGAUGCUUUCCACAGAGGUGCAAGAAAUACAUCAUUAAAACACGUUAAUCACUUCUGCAUCCAUGUACCAAUCUCUGGCACUCCUCAAAACGGAAGAUGGAGAAAAAUGAUAACUCAUUCACAUGCACCAAUGGCUUAAGUGUGGCUGCUUUAAUUUGGACAAUGCCCUGCUUGAGAGUGGAUGAAUCAGCAUGACUGUCAUUUUCUUUUUAAAAAGGAGGCAGUGACUUAAUUUUGCUGCAGACUCAGUACUCUUUGGUUCUUUAGAAAAUGCUGUUACUUUCAGAUCUUUUUAAGAGCAUAAGGCCAGAGCCAGAGAUACUAAUUGUUUCUCCUUUUACACCAGAUUUUUUUCCUCACAGCUGAGCCAUGCCAUCCCAAAGAAGCAAGAACGGGAUGUAGCAGCAGUGCAGCUGACGAUCAUGUACACAACUGCUUGUGUGGGCUUCUCUGAAUCUGAGCCCCUUGAAUCAUUAAGACCAUCUUAGGCUUUCUAGGGGAAAAAAAUAAGACUCUCUUUUGAGUCAAAUUCAACUCUUGGUAACUUCAUGGACACAUCCAUGUAGUUUGAUGAAGAGAAGUAUGCAAAUUAACUUUUAUGUGCACUUGGAGGAUUUUGUGAGGCAAACCUGAUGAAUAAAAGUAAUGGUCUGCCUGUAAACUCUACACCUAUUUAAGUGGGGUUAUCCUAACAUUGCCCAAUGUACACCUAAAGGUUUUGAUAUGCACACUUUUUUUCAUACAGCUUAUUCACUUGCCUUCUCUGAAGUUGCAGAAAUUUCCUUUGCUAUGAUAUGUUAAAGAGAUGGAAAAGCCUUUUUUAACAUGUCUUUGAAAAUUCCACUGUAUAUAUAUAUUUGUUUAGUGCAUAAAGAGUGUUCCUAGUUUUAUUAUGUUAUUGUUGAUUAAAAGUUUGUUCCUAAGACAAUUACCUAUUUGUUGUUUUAUUAAUUUCUGAAUAUUCAUGCAGAAACUUCCCUGUGUCAAAUACAAGAAUUUACACUGCAUCUGUUUCACUUACAAUAUUUGUCAUUCUGCUUUCCUUAACAGCAGCCUUUUUUGGUGAAAAAUCUGCACAAAUUCUUUUUAAAGAACAAUCAAAAUUGAAUUGUGUGUUCAAUUCUUAUAGGGUGAAUUUAGGAUUAAUUCUAGUUAGAUUGUUGCAGCUCAGUAUGUUACAGAAACACAAACUCAGACUAUGAGGGAAGCUUAUGGAAUGUGGCAUAUAUGAAUCUAGAAAAUGAGUAAAUUCAGUAAUCUGGCUAACCAUAUUGCACAAACAUACCCACAAGGCCUAUGAAUGUUUUGUCCUACAUUACCACAUCUAGAGGCAUUUAAA